AUGGCACUCCUCUCCCGUAUUGGAUUUCUUCUUUCGUUCUCACUAUGCUCCCAAGCUGUUGCUGGGCCUGCUUCAGAGACUCGACUUGCCAGCUCUGCUAAUGUUCAAGUCGAGACGGAUCCAGAUGGCGACCUCUGGCCUUGGAGAACAUUCAAAAGCUCGCCUCACACUCCCCCAACCUUGACAUACACGGCUGAUGGAAAACCCUUGUCUGAUGGGCACAUUUUCAUCACACCGGCGGAUAUAAAGAACCAAAAUGCGACCAAGCAAUCUGCUGGGUUUACUAUUACCACCGAAGGGGAACCGGUCUACGUUGCCAAUGUUUCGGGCAUGACAGACUUUCGGAAGCAAGACUGGAAUGGCGACCCGUAUCUCACCUACUGGAGUGGCUACAAUACCAACGGAGCCAACACUGGUCACGGCUACGGUCAAGUCACAUUCACGGAUGAUGAGUACAAGACCUUCGAUUUCGAUCCUGACCUUCACCUAAACAAGCUUGUGAACGACUCGAUAGCCAAUGGAUCAGUCGACAUACACGAACAUCAAAUCACUUCAAGAAAUACCAUCUUGAUUUCUGCAUACAACAACACACAAAUGGAUCUCACUUCUGUGAACGGUUCUGCUGAUGCAUGGAUCGUGGACGCCCUCUUUUACGAGGUGGACAUUAAGACAGAAGAGGUACUCUUCCAAUGGAAGGCAGUUGAUCAUCUGCCACUCACUGCCUCUAAGCAACCUGUGGUGAGCGUCAGUGGCAACGGAACGAAAGCUGCACCCUGGGAUUGGUUUCACAUUAACGCCGUUCAACUGGUUGGCGAGGACUAUCUAAUAUCUUCACGCCACCUCUGGACAGUCUUCCUGAUCUCUGGAAAAGACGGCAGUAUUGUCUGGUCUUUGGAAGGAGAGAACGGUGGCAGCUUUGGACAGUUACCCGAUAACGGGACCUUCAGGUGGCAGCAUUAUGCUCGAGCGCACAAUGUCACCCAGACCAGUCUUGAUCUCAGUAUGUUUGACAAUCAUAAUCAAGUGCUGGAUAAUGGCACCAUGCCCACGAGAAUGCUGGUCUAUCAUCUUGACUUGCCACCGAGUGAAGGGAGCUCUCCUCUUCUCACCAGACGCAUUGAAGUUCCAACGCACGAACUCUACGCGGACAGUCAAGGCUCCUACACCGCAGACCUUCCAAAUGGAAACCAAUUCGUCGGUUACGGCCAGCUUGCCAUCCUUCGAGAGUUCGGUCCCGGAGCAGAUGGCAGCGACUUGAGAUGGGAGGCGCAAUUUGGUGCGCUCAAUAAAGUGCAGAGCUAUCGUGCUUUCAAGCAGACUUGGAGCGCUACGCCUGCAGGCUGGGAUCCUAGUUUGGUUGUUGAAGAUGGUAAGGCGUAUGUCAGUUGGAAUGGAGCGACGGAGGUUGAGGAGUGGACCGUGUACGUCGGAAACGAUGAAGAGAUGCUGGAGUGCGCUGGGGUCGCGAGGAAGAUGGGCUUCGAAACGACGUUUGUUGUGCCGGGUAAUGGGUCUUUGCUGCAGGUCGGUGCGCGACAGUGUGGGAAUGAGGUUAGGAGGUCGAAUAUUGUGAGGCUGAAGUAA